AUGGUCGUCGCCCCAGAACUCUCCGCCUACGUAACCCUCGUCUCAAACGACGGCUACGAAUUCAAAAUCCUCCGCUCCGCCGCCUGCAUCGCCGGCACCAUCAAGAAAGCCCUGGAUCCGAGCUCCGGCUUCCGCGAAAUGGAGCAAAACCGCGUCGAGCUGCCCACGAUCAACGGCGUCGUCCUCGAGAAAGUCUGCGAGUACCUGUACUACAACCAAAAGAACGCGGAGAGUAAAGAUGUGCCUGAUUUGGAGAUUCCCCCGGAGCUGUGUUUGGAGUUGUUGAUUGCGGCGGAUUAUCUGGAUGGUGAGUUGGUGAUGUGGGGAGAGAACGAGGGAGAGGGCUAA